AUGGAGGCAACUGCACAGAUGGAACAAAUAACGGUUAAACUACUGAGGGUAUCCACAGUGGCUCCGGCUGUUCAAUCCUGUAGGCAACGCAUGUUCCUUUCCAACCUCGACCUGUUUUGGCUGCAAACCAGCAAACCUCAGAGGCUUCUCUUCUACAGAGUGUUGCCUGCAAAUGAAUAUUCUUCAAUUGUGGACAGCCUGAAGAAAAGCCUCUCUUCGGUUCUGGUUCAUUUCUAUCCAUUUGCAGGACAGCUAGUCAUUGGUGAAAUAUCAGGCCGACCAGAGAUUGACUGCAACGAUGGCGGAGUGGAAUUUGUGGAAGCGUCAAUGGAUAUACCUUUCAAUGACCUGGAAAAAGAGGAAUUUCAGCAUAAACCCUUUCUCAAAACCCUUGUCCAAAUUGUGCAUCCUUCCCAGCGGCAUGAAAAUUUCAAUACACCCCUUCUCUCAAUUCAGAAUGCAGCAGAAACAUACCUAUUUCAAAACCCCCGCUCCACAUUAGGACAAUGUUCAAACCAGAACACGAGACAACGGUAG